CAUCAAGUCGGCUGCUGCUCAAUCUCGGCCGUCGAUUUUGCUCACUCAAAAUUGAUCAAUGCAAGAUUUCAUGAUUCUCCUCUUCUUUCUUCUUCUUCUUCCUUUGUCAAGCGUUUCUAGUUUCUAGUUCUUACUAGUGGAGUGCCGCCCUUCUGAUUUUGUAGCCAUAUAUAGUGGAAGAAAAGGAAAAAGUAAUAGGAAUUUCCAUAAAUUUUGGAAAUGAAGACGCCAUUCGGGAAAAGAGAAGGGUACAUCAUCGGGAGCUGGAGCUUUGUCUGCAUCCACAGGUCGAAUGCGUAAGAGGAGAAUAUCCAUGAGAGCAGAACAUAACUUCGACUUCAACCGGCUAAAGAUACUGCUCCGCUUAAGAGUUUCACCGGCUUCGCGAGACGCCACCGCAAAGAAUCCUCCAUGGAUACCCAAGACAAUUCGAUUCUGAAACCAUUGCCAGUCAAGCCAACACCGGUGGUCAAUGAAACGUAUCGAUUAUGGUUUGAAGUCGCAGUAAAAGGUCAUUGGAAAGCUGCCGAGAGAAUCCUCAGUCAUAAUCCCAAAGCAAUGACGGCCAAAGUUAUAACCGUAGAAGGUGAUGACCUUACUAUACUCGAUAUUGCGAUUUUGGUCGGACAAGAUCAAUUGGUUGAGAACCUGGUCAAGCGCUUCCCUCCAGAAUCUAAAGCUUUCACUAUUAGUGCCCUCUACCUUGCUACCCGGAGAGGAAGAAUAAGGAGGGUAAAGGAAUUAGUAGACAAACUUGACGAAGUUGGUGAACAAGGCGGAACCCUUGCCCUGUUGAUUGCUACUACAAAUGCUCCUAGGCAAGAGGAGGUUAUCCGGCACCUUGCCAUGAAUACAAAAUCCACCCCAGAGGAUGAUACCAUCAGCAACCUUAUUAGGGCCGGCUAUUUGGACAUACUUUUGGAUUUAGCUUGUCGAUACCCCAGCUUAGCGACGACCGCAAAUACUAGAAACGGUAGCCUGUUGGAAGUCUUUACACAGGUGAAGUCUUACUACCGUAGUGGAGCUAAACUCAAUUUUUGGGAAAAAUGUAUUUACCAAUGUAUCCCUCGCUUGGUUGAUACAUCAUUUGACAACGCCAAAGACAUGAGGAUGGCUCGAGGCAAAAUUGCUUAUCUGAUGUUACGUGCAACACCUUUUAUCAAAAGGAGUGGAGAAUUGAAGUUAAGGCACGAAUGCUCGCUUGAGUUAGCAACUCUAGUUUUUAAAGAGAAGAAGGCUAGUAUGGAAACUCCUGAAAUACUCGAAUUGACUUCAGCCAUUGUCCUUGACGCUGCAUCUAGCGGAAUCUCUGAAAUUGUCAAGUUAUGUCUUGAGAAUUAUCCAGAAUUGAUGUGGGAUAAAGAAUUCACGAAAAAACUAAUCGAAGAAGUUGUGAGGGCACAACAUGUUGAGUUGUUUAGACUAAUGAAUGUGUACAACACAAUUCCAAAAUUGAGGUACAAAUUUCAAAGGAACUGCGACCUGAUGGCGACAGCAGUAGAAUGGUCACUGGGAUAUGUGCCGGCAGAUGUUUCUGGAUCAGCUUUUCUUUUGCAAAGGGAAAUUCAAUGGUUUAAGAUACUGGAAGAUAGGAGCUCUCCCUUAAUCAAAAGUCUGAAAUUUAAGAUGAAGGUGAAGAAAGAUAAGAUCGGUCCUUCUUCUGAAAGUCUGGAAUUGGAACUAACAAAAGAAAGGAGGGGCAAAACAUACUGGGAAGUUUUUCUAGAACAGCGCAAAGAUCUGCUCAAAGAGGCAACACAAUGGAUGAAGGAUACAUCAUCAUCUUGUAGCCUUGUAGCGACUCUCAUCAUUACGGUAGCUUUUGUUGCGGUUUUUACAGUACCUGGAAGCAACGACAACAGUACAGGGAUCCCGGUCUUUCUAGAGAAGGGCUCAUUUAUGGUAUUCGCGGUUGCGGACGCUCUAGCUCUCUUCUCGUCUAUCACUACCACCUUAAUGUUCUUGGCUAUCCAAACUUCACGCUAUGCCACAGAAGAUUUCCUCCACUCACUACCAAGAAAAAUGAUACUGGGCCUCACUUUUCUCUUCCUCUCUUUGGCCUUUAUGCUCGUGGUUUUUGGCUCUGCUCUUAUGAUCGUCCUUAGCGAACGAUUGAAGUGGAUUUACAUCCCCAUUACUUUGUUGGCUGCCAUCCCUAUCAUAUUGUUCGCAAUCCUACAGCUUCCUUUGUAUGUUGAAAUGGUUGAAUCCACUUAUCGGCCUCGCCUCUAUCUUCCCAUCAAGAUUUGGAAAUGAU